AUGGAUAAAACCUACAAGGACAGACUAGCUAUUCGCUCCUCCCUGCUUCAAAAACACCCUGAUGUGGUCAUCGGAAUCAAUAACGAGACCGAUCCAAGGAUCUACGCCGCAAUCCGAGAGUUAUACAUCUUCGUUGUCGGGACAUAUCUGCCCACACGGUACCCUCGGAUGUUCCGACUGACUUCCCAACCAAGCGAUAACAACAAGAAGACAGGAACAGAGACCAAGACAAUACUCGAGAGUAUGGUCACAGGAGCGAAGAUCCCCUUACACUUCGAUGAACCCGAACCGGGAUCCAAAACAGGGAGAAAAGAACUCGAGACCUUGGGAACGCUAGUCGACGAGGAGUUUCUCAUUCUCCUCCCUGAAUCUUCUCCAACCGACUCCUCGAGCAACCAAGGAGAAUCUGAAAAGUACAUCCUGGAAGCAUACACAACCUUCUUCCCUUCCGGCUUCGACACCCGUAAGAAGCUCGGCCUCCGUCUUGCAUCCAUCCACACCCCGGUCCCGGGGUAUAAGGAGAAGCUUGAGCGCAGUAUGGACCGAUUUUUUGCACGGGUCGAGGUCGGUCAGUUCGUGCAGAGGGUCAACUGGAGUAUUACUACUGAUUCGGAGUUGUUCGCUGCGUUUGGUGGUGUGCACGGCGACAAGGGAGAGAGUGGGAAGACUUUGGAUCUUGGGGAACUGGACGUGGAUUCCACAGUUUUAAGGUGCGAACGGCAGACGUUGCAUCGCCUUCCUCAGAGCAAGGGGCUAGUGUUUGCGUUUCAUACGUAUACGUAUCCGAUCCAGAUGAUCAAGGAUGAAGGGCUAGGGGAGGAUCUGGCGGCUGCUAUUGAUGGGUUGAAAGAGGGGAAUGUGCCUGAAAUGCAUUGGUACAAACGGGGACCUGUUUGGGGCGAGGCUGUGAAGGAGUUUCUACGCUCGUAA